AUGUCUCAUUCUACCCGUUGUGCAGCUUGCAAAUCACUAAGAAGGAGAUGCCCUCGAGAUUGCAUUCUAGCCCCUUAUUUCCCUUCAAAUGAUCCUCAAAGAUUUUCCUCUGUUCAUAAAAUCUUUGGUGCCAGUAAUAUUUCAAAGAUUUUACAGCAACUCCCAGUCCAGGAACGUGCAAAGGCAGCAGAUUGCAUGUCAUUUGAAGCAACUUCAAGGAUUCAAGACCCAGUUUAUGGUUGUGUUAGGAUUAUCUCUCAAUUACAACAACAGUUACUGAUCACUCAACGUGAACUUGUAAUGACACAAGCUCAACUUGCCUUCUACUACGCACAACAACAAUAA